CCUCAUUUGUGCCCAUCAGAGUGUCCUCAUCCGUGCCCAUCAGUGGGUCCUGAUCCGUGCCCAUCAGAGUGUCCUGAUCCGUGCCCAUCAGAGUGUCCUGAUCCGUGCCCAUCAGAGUGUCCUGAUCCGUGCCCAUCAGAGUGUCCUGAUCCGUGCCCAUCAGAGUGUCCUGAUCCGUGCCCAUCAGAGUGUCCUGAUCCGUGCCCAUCAGAGUGUCCUGAUCCGUGCCCAUCAGAGUGUCCUGAUCCGUGCCCAUCAGAGUGUCCUGAUCCGUGCCCAUCAGAGUGUCCUGAUCCGUGCCCAUCAGAGUGUCCUGAUCCGUGCCCAUCAGAGUGUCCUGAUCCGUGCCCAUCAGAGUGUCCUGAUCCGUGCCCAUCAGUGUAUCCUCAUCCGUGCCCAUCAGAGCGUCCUCAUCCGUGCCCAUGA